AUGACACCCUUGAAAAGUAGAGAUUCUGCCCAACAUUUUAAUAUAACUACUGACCUCGUGGGAGAAGUAGCGGCAGAGUUAAAGGAGAAAAUGUGCCGAAAAGAAACACAAUGUGGGCAGACGUACGCAUUGUGUAUACUAGACGAUACAGUAGGUAGUACAAGUACCGGUGAUAUUCAGAGAGUAAGCCAUCAUUUUCUUCCAACCUUCAAACCUUCAAUAGCAAUAUCAAUUACACCAGAACAGAAGGAUUUGAAGCUGGAAGAAACGAGCAGAACGACGACCAGUCGCAAACAGCCAUCGACAACAAGCCGCUGUCAACCGUCAACGGUCGAACCAGCAACGGCAGACCAGAGUGGCAGAAACAUUGCGGGUUGCCUAUUACCCGACGAAGACUGA